CAUAACAUAUCACAUAUAUUCAGGACUGGAUGAUAACGUGCAUUACGAAAUGUUGGUACAUUUUUAAUAAUUUUGGAAAACCUAAUAAUAAUUCUACCACAAUAGUUUUCAUUAAAUAUUUAACUUCUCAAUAUGUUGUGUGAUUAUAAAAAUAUCGCAAAUGUUGUUGCAAGUGGAAUAGAUAUAGAUUCUACUAGUGAAUUAGUGAGCAAAGCAAUAUCAGCUAGAGCAACAACAUUUCUUGAAUUUGUUCAGUCUCUUGAAGAAAUAUUAACAUCUACUGAAAAAGAUAUUCGCUUAAAUGGAGUUAAGGCAUUUGUAACUGUUGUAAAAAAUUUACCCUUGGAUUUUUUUUUAACUGAAGAAUUGGAUUAUAUAAAUCAAUUUUUAUGUGAUCGUUUUAUUGAUCAUCAUUCAUUUAUACCAACAGUUUUAAGCGGAAUUGAGUAUACUGUACAAAUGAAAAAUAUUACUAAGGAAAUGAUUGUACGAUAUUUUAAUACGAUUAUGCCUCAUUUUCAUUGUCAAUCACAACUUCAAAAUGAUCGAUAUACAUUUUAUUGUAUUUUACAUCAAAUUUUUUUAAAUCGACUAGAAGAUGUACGAUUUAUGGGACCAGAUUUCUUGUAUUGUGUAAUUUCUUCAAUGGAUGGUGAACGAGAUCCCAAUAAUUUAAUACUACUUUUUAGAAUACUACCUCAAUUUUUAAGAAAUUAUCCAUUAGGUCAUUUAACUGAAGAAACAUUUGAUGUGAUUGCGUGCUAUUUUCCCAUAGAUUUCCAUGAAACUGAAGAAAGUAAAAUUACUAGAAAUGAAUUAGCAUCAAACUUGGCUAGAUGUCUUACGUGUGUAGAAGAAUUUUCAGAUUUUUGUAUUCCUUUGGCUUUACAAAAACUUGAAUCUAACUUAAUAAUUGCCAAAUUAGAUUCAUUGUAUUUAUUGGUAAAUAAACUUUGCUGUGAAUACUUCAAUCCUAUUAAGAUCAAGUCUCAUAUUGAAGAAAUAUGGCGUAUUUUAAAAAUUAUUAUCAUGUCCGAUAAGGAAGAUUCAACAGAUGAAGUUAGAGAAGCUGCUAUUGGUGUUUUGACUGCCUUAUUGUAUUCUUUAGCCAUUGUUAAAGGAGAUGAUAAACAAGAACAACUUUCAGAUUUUCUAGAAAUUAUUCUUAAAAGUUCUACUAGAUUUUUAUUAGAUACUCAAGCUAAUUUAUUCAUACCCUCAAUUAAACUUCUUUGUAGUGUUGGAAAAACUUCCAAAUAUGCUUGUCUUAAGAUAGCAAAUAAAGUUUACUUAAUGUUACUUGACAAAAGUGACGUAUCACAAACAGAAAUCACUAGAAUCAUAGAAGGUAUGGGAUUAAUCACUAAUAUGUGUUUACAAAUGUCAAUUGAUUUAUCAUGCAUUCCGGGCUUAGAUAGAAGAUGGGAAGAAAUAGGUUGUUAUUUUUUGCUGUAUGCUCAAAAUGAAUUGCCUGAAGUUAGAAUAUCUGCUUUGAAAGCAUUACAAAUAUCAACUAGAUUACUUACAAAAUCUCAACGUCAAAAUUAUUAUUGUAUUAUUACCACAUUAAUUAAAUCUAAUACAACAGGUUCAAUAAGAAACGAAACAUUAUCAUGUUUUAAAGAAGCAGCAAAAUAUUAUAAAGAAGAAAUUAAUACAGAUAUCAUACAUUUUAAUAUAAAUAAUUUGAACCAGUCAAAUGAUAUUUUGAUGAAAUUUAAAUGGUUAAAUGCAAUAUGCUCUUUGGGAAAUGAAGAAUAUUUUUUCAAAUUAAUUAAUGAUAUAAUGUGUGCCAAUUUAUGUAGAAACCAAGAAGAAACCCAGAUGACUUUAAACUGCUUAAGAGAACUUGUUAGAAACAUUGAAAAUACUAAAUUGUUGCAUCAUUUUACAUUAAAUAAUGGACUUUUAAAUUGUAUUUUAACUUUAUGGAUAAAUGGUAUAAAGAACUGUGAAAAUUUUCAAAUUUUUCGAAAUGAAAUAAUUUUGAACGAUGUGUCAUUUGUUGUAAAUUCUAUUGUAAAAAUAAUCAGUAACAGUGAACAACAACGUGUACUAAAUCAGUUUAUUCAAUAUUUCAAUGAUAUUGUAGAAACAAAAAUAUGUUAUCAAUCACUUUCUGAUAUAGAAAAAGACAAAUAUUCAUACAUGGUUAUUUUAUUAGAAAGUAUUUUAAAUUCUGUUAAUCAAGAUGUCAAAAUUAAUAAUGUGACUUUAAUAAUACAGAAUUGUGUUGAAUUAUCUACCUUUACAAAUAUUUCAAUAUGUAAUUUGUCUGCUUCACGAUUGGCAGCUACAUUAAUAAAUAAGUAUAUUGAAGGGGAUGAAUCCAAUGUAAUUCUUAAUAACUUAAAAUUACACUUAGAAAGUAAUUUACAUUUGGCAAAUGUAAAUAAGAAAAAUGUUAUUAAUCAAAUUUCAUGGAUCACCAAGUCAUUAGCACUUAAGGGACAUAGUAAAAUGUUACAAUGGAUUGAUUGGUCAUUAGAUUUAUUAGCAGACCCUUCUUAUGGAAAAAUGAUGACAAUGUGUUUUAAAAUGUUAACAAAUGUAGACGAUGAGUACUUAAAUACAAAAUGUUUUUGCUCAGUCAAGUUGUUGUACAGACAAAGAAUAUUUUGCUAUGUUAUUGAACCACUGGUAUCCAGUUAUAAUACAUUGCCUGAACCAAUCAAAGAAAAUUAUCUCAUAAGUAUUUUAUAUCAAAUAGAUGGUAAUAAUUAUGUCACACUUUCGCCUUAUUUUUCCAAGAUAUUACCAGUAUUACUUCAACUUUUAUCUCCAGAACAGAUUUAUGUUUUACAGUCGUUAAAAACUUUUCGUAACCUUUUAGAAUCCAAAACUCCAGUUUUAGAAGAUCAUUUACAAUCUUUUAUACCAAAACUACUUAAUCUAAGUCAAAACUCAAAGUAUAUGGACAUAAGAAUAGUUGCUUUACAAUGUCUGUACAAUUGCUGUGACUAUUCUUUAAUCAAACUUUUACCAUUAAAAAAACAAGUUAUUUGUGAACUAGGAAAAUGUUUAGACGACAAGAAAAGAUUAGUUCGCAAAGAAGUUGUCAAAACAAAAUCAAAAUGGUUAUCAAUUGAUGUAAUUAAAGAUGAUAAUUAACUAAUAACAAUUUUUAAAAUAUAUUAAUAAUGAAUGUAAA